AUGCCCCACUCGGACCUCUACAACAAUACACUCGUCGCUUGCAUCCUGAAUUCCAUCUUAGCUUUUACCGCCGUACUGCUAAACGUUUUAGUAAUACUCGCGCUAAGAAAGAUUCCUUCGUUACCAAGAAAAACUCUGAAAACAUUGCUCCUCAGUAUGUCUGUCUCUGACCUUGGUGUUGGUUUAGUAGCGCAGCCACUGCAAAUUNAAUUCCAUCUUAGCUUUUACCGCCGUACUGCUAAACGUUUUAGUAAUACUCGCGCUAAGAAAGAUUCCUUCGUUACCAAGAAAAACUCUGAAAACAUUGCUCCUCAGUAUGUCUGUCUCUGACCUUGGUGUUGGUUUAGUAGCGCAGCCACUGCAAAUUUGUCUCCUGGUUAGCAACAUAAACAUUCUUGCAAGAUCUCCGCCGUAUAUUUGGCCUGAUCACUAUGAAGCUGUAUUAAAAGCGUACAGAGUCGUGGCCAACGUCGUAACGUAUGCUUCGUUUUUUAGCAUCGUGGCUUUGAGUGCUGACAGAUUUUUGGUGAUACGCCUUCAGCUCCGGUACCAGGAUGCGGUAACUCAUAAACGCGCCAUUGCUGGGGUCAUUUCAUUUUGGCUGUUGAGCGCCGUCCUUCCGUUGAUUCGACUUCGUGAGUGGCUCCCAGAGGACAUAUUUUUCAUUUUGACUGUUACUAUUCAGUUCAUCAGUCUUAUCACCGCAGGCCUGUUUUAUUUCAAGAUUUUCUUAGCCUUACGACAACACGCAGCUCAAGUUCAAGACGUGCCAGUUGAAAGCGGAGAGCGGAAUGAAGCGGUAAAUGCAACAAGAGAGAGAAAAGCUGCAUUCGGCGUAUUUUAUGUGUAUCUAGCGCUCAUGGCUUGUUACCUACCAAUAAUUUGUUUUAAUAUUGCCGAAAAUGUAAUUGGUCCUGUGCGAACCUCAUUGAUGUAUAAA